AAUAUGGUUUCGAUAAAUGAAACUGCAUUAUCUCAUCGUCCCCUUCUGUGAGGACGAUCGCAUCAGAUAAAGUCUGAGGCCCUUAUGGUUAGAUGUGUUCCCUACGGUUGGGUUUUAGGCGGUAAGAGUCAGACAUAACCCUAUAGCAGGUUGUAGGAAGUCCAGGAGGAACGCACCAACUCACCCGCCUGGGAGGAAACAUUCAGAAAUUACUAACUUAAUUUCCGGCAUCCGUCCAAGAAAAGUUGAGGAAAGAGACAGAAUGGAAAUCUGAUUGUAGUUGUUGUUGACAAUAAAUUUGGUAGUGUACUCGCAGUAAUUCUUCACCUAAUUACAACAGCAACUUUCGUAACAUUAGGUACUCCACCAUUUCAAUACUCGGCCAUGUCGACGGAAAUUACAUAGUUGGUGUUGGAUUUGUGCUUCCUAACAUCUAUAUAGGUAGUUAGGUUUGGUGUGGUCGAGAUCGAGGUCGUCGUGGGUAGGCGGCCGCGAGGGUCACGCGGAGGUGACAGCGGCGUGCGUGCGAGAUGCGGGGAGGUGGCAGGCGGCGCUGAUGUCAGUGGAAGCGGCGGCGGCGGCGCUCCCGACGGCGGGCGCACGCACGGAAUGCAGCGGGCGGCGGGGCGCGGGCGGCGGCCGCUGCUGCCGCGUCCGACGCUCACUGCUGCCAGUCAGCCGCGCGCCACCGAUCCGAUACGAGUGCUUCCCCGUGCGAGCGACGACACCCGCUACUCCGCCACACGCAGCGGACUAUGCUUCAGCAGAUGUUCUCGCCGAACUACAACGUCGGCGAGGUCGUGACUCUCGUGCGCCCCUUCGAAGGCCGAUUGUGCGGUGACUCUUCAUCGGAGGCUUCCUCGGACGUUGCGGAGGAGUUGGACUUACCGCAGUGCAAGAUAAGGCGGAAUUACAGUUGUACCAAGUGCAAAUUUUACACUCAAAAUCCGCGAGUUUAUCUAGUGCAUAUACGUGACGUUCAUUUAGAAAAGUUUAAGAUAUAUGACUGUCCACAUUGUGUUUAUGCCUCGAGGCAUCAUCAAAAACUUACAAGACAUAUAAAAAUGGUUCACAGCAAUUCCGCUACAGCGACAACCGGAAAAAUGGAUAUAGAACUACCCGCUUCGGGUGGGAACACAGUAGAUUCGUUGGAGCGAAUGGAAGAUUUGCUCGAAGAAGUCGAGGAAUGUGAUGACAUUGAAUUAGAUGUAGAUGACUGUAACGAGGAGUCAUUCGAGCGUUCUGUUGAAUUGAGUAAUGACUGUGACAAGUCAAUGAUGAGCGCGGCAGCCCUAGCAGCAGCCCUAAAAAAUAAAGGCAAAGAUUUCUCUUGCAACCAAUGCAAGUACGUGACUCAUAUAAAGAGGAGGUUCACGAAACACGUGAAGUAUCAUUCGAUGCCCGUGGCCAAGUGUACUCUAUGCGAUUUCCACUCGCCUUAUAAAUGGAACCUAGAUCGCCACAUGAAGAACCACGGCCGCAACGGAACCUUCAAGUGCUUCAUGUGCAACUUCACCGCGGAGUUCAAGCAGAGUCUGACAUUUCACGAGUUGAAUCAUCACGCGCCGCCCGGGGGCCAAUCGGUGGCAAGUCGCCGUCGCAAUCGGGUGAGCGCCAGCGACAUGGAAGGGAGCGGUGACUCGCGAUCCUCUUUCUCGGACAUGCAAAAUGCAGAAAAAGACAUUGUCAGCUGCCACAGCGACUCCAAUGACGCCGAUACUACAUCAGAUAAAACUACAAGAAAAGAUGUUGAGCAAGACUGUCAAACCCAGCUGUCUCCAAAUGCCUUGACCGAUGAUACCGAAUGCCAGAAGAAUAAUCGAAAAACUCCCAGACCUUUGCCACCACUCAUACCACUGCAUGCUUCUACACCCAACCAAAAUAAAACUCCUAGCGGAGAACCACCAGCGAAGAAAUUCAAAGAAACCCCCAACACGACAGAGUCAACAGACUUGAAAAAAGAAAAUAAAAUUGAUAAAUUGCCGAUCGAAAUAAGUCUUAUGCCUGUAAACAACAUUUCCGCAAACGGCAAAGAAUCCACAGGCCGUAAGAAAAAUGAUUCUUUUUUCGAUAAACUUAAAGAGCGUUUGCUGACCGAAACAGGGGAAAACGGAACUCUAAUUUGUAAAAAUUGCGGAUUCGAAAGCAAAUGCUUGUCAGAACAUUCCGUACAUGAGAAAAAUUGUGCUACUCAAUUGAACCGAUCGUCAACCGACUCUUUACUUUCGAGUUUAAGUUCAACUCGCUGCCAAAAUUGCAGACACAGAUGUAAAUCUAGCGCAGACUUAUACGUUCAUUUGCAGACUUGCAGGAAAAUUGAAAAAAAUGGAGAAAAUGCUGCAACACAAAUAAAAAGUCAAGACCGUAAUGAAUGCGAGAUUUCGACAUCGGAGAAAGAAAGUGAACCACACCCUAUGGAGAAUGUUGUUUUUGUCUGGAACAAUAUUAGUCACGAUGCAAAUAAGUAUGACACUCCGCUUGAUAUCAAUAUUAAUGAUGAUUCCACUCUUCCAGAAAUAAAUAAAAGUUACGAUGCAGAAACUGCAGAUGAUAACGAAAGUAUGAAUUUAUCUCCUAGUCAUGCAAUGGGCAAGAAAGUUUUCAAAUGUCCGCAUUGUCCAUUCUGGGCGUCUACGGCGUCAAGAUUUCACGUACAUAUUGUCGGGCAUCUGAACAAAAAGCCGUUUGAAUGUUCUCUCUGCAAGUAUAAGUCUAACUGGCGCUGGGAUAUAACUAAACAUAUCAAACUAAAGUCUGCCAGGGACCCAGAACAUAAUGAAGCAAAAGUGCUCAUGACCGAUGAGACUGGUCGAAGAAAUUACAGUAAAUAUAAUAAAUUUUUAGCAAUGUCUGUGUUAAAUGAAAACGGUGAAACUGUUUUUCAUUACAUAGAUACAAAUGCAUCCGUUGACUCUUCAAUGGUAAUGGAUGAAUCUUUUAAUGAUAUGGCGGAUAGCACCAGCCAUCCCCUAGAAAUGCAACCUCUCAAUUUACAAACCCAUUACAAUGAUCAAAAGUAUGAACUAACCGAUAGCAGAAAUUUAGAUUUGAUGAAACCUAAGAAAACAUUAUGGAAAUGUAAGAAAUGCAAUUACAGAGAUCCAUCUAAAGAGGCUUUAUUAGAACAUGUGCGAGAGCAUGCCCGAGCGGAAGGCAACAAUGACGAAAUGAAAAUAGCAAAAAAGACCGAAAACCUUCCGGAUCCGUCAGAUUUGGCGUAUCGAUGUGGUCACUGCAAUCAACUAUCUAAUUGGAAACACGUCAUACAGAGACACUGCCGCUUAAAACACGAUGGAAUCGUAAAAGUUGUGACAGUUGUAAAACCAAAACAAGACGCAACAGUUUCAUUGAACGAAAUCUCCGGAGACACCUGUAACAAGUGCCCUUUCAAAACUUCUGAUAAAAAGUUAAUGUUCGCACACAUACAGCAGCACCAGCCAUCAGCACAGUCUAUAUUUAAAUGCUUCUUCUGUCCUUACUUUGUGAAGGAUGAAAAUGAAUUAAUACAACAUUUGCUUUUACAUGGAGUUUCUGAACCAGAAGAAUAUAUUGCGAAAGCAAUGGGCCGCAAAUCACCUCCUCCAGAGGUGGGAUGCAAUACGCCGCAUACUUCAAGUAUAAAAAGACACAAAUGCACAGAAUGCCCAUAUGAGACCAACAAUAAAUCACAAUAUAUGUACCACGAACAAUUCCAUCGACUUCCUGCAGAUACCCCUUACAAAUGUCCAGAGUGUAAUUACAGCGUCUCCAAACGACAUCUACUUCAUCAACAUUUAAGAGUGCAUGGGAUAAUGCCAAAGAAAACUGAAACGGAAGCUGAAUUAGAAGCAAAAUCAGAUCUGAAAGUUGAAUAUUCGAUUAAUCUCUUUGAAAUACCUUUUGUAUGGGUAUCAGCCAAAAAUGAAUUUCACAAAAUGUACAAAUGCCGCUAUUGUUCUUAUGUAAACUCACAAAAAUGUAAAAUUCCAAACCACGAAAAAAUUCAUUGUAUCGUGUUUGAAAAUAGUGAUGUUACUGUUUACAAAUGUUUGGAAUGCAAAUUUACCUGUGAUAACGCAAUAAGAUUAGCAGAACAUUCUAAGACUCAUGACGAGAUAUAUGGUCGUAUUUACUGUCCUGUUGAAACCGAUAUACCAGAUGAAGAACAAAUAGCUAAAUUGCGAAAAGUGAUUGAAUUAGAAAAGGCUAACUGUUCUGAAGCUUUAUCUACAGAGGAAAGGAUAGUAAAUGAAAACAAUGAAACUAAAAUAUUAUACUUUUGCCAAAUGUGCCCAGCUCGAUUUUUCACUGACGAGGAACUUAAACUUCACGACAAAUUUCAUGAUUCAUCAUUUCCGAAUAAAUGUAAACGGUGUGAAUUGUCUGUUCCACAUGAAAACGAUUUAGAUUCUCAUAUUGUUGUCCAUACCGACGAAUACCACACUAAAACUAAAAUGCUAAAAUUCAUACAUAAUUCUCAUGGUGCCCAUAGGCAACCUAACUUGGAGCUAAUGCAUUGUCCCUCUACUUCUGAGAUAUAUUGGGUGGUUCUGUCUCCCACAAAAAAUUUUGAUUUUGAAUCGUCAAAUAAUAAGAGAACACUUGAGACGAAACCGACAUCGAAACAGUAUCUUUGUAAAGAAUGCCCAGCCAAAUUCUUUAAAACUUCCGCACUUAAUUAUCAUUUAGGAUUGCAUGGUGGGGAUGGUGAACAUAAGUGCAAAAAAUGCAGUUAUGCUGUGAAGAAUAUAGGCAAUUUGGCGAAACAUGAAUUAUUACAUGAGAACGAAGGUAAAACGUCAACAUGUGAUUAUGAAUCAGGAGAAGACAUAGAUUACAAAAAUAUCCCAUUAUCAGGAACUGAUCUGUUCCAAAGAAAGACUGAAGCUCAAAAACGAGUACUUACAGAUAAAGACAAGUUAGUGAAGCCAAAUGAUCAUUUCCCUCCAGUUUUGCAAGCUGACCCUCAAUUUGGUUAUUUGAUGCAUGGAAAUCCUGAAUUCAUUUAUCCAACUUAUUUCAAGAAUGGUCGCCAAAAAGUAAAACGAUACAAAUGCCACAAAUGUCCUUCGGCUUUUGAAAAAAGGGAACAAUACAAAACACAUUUAUCACUUCAUGGUUCUAAGCAAAGAUAUAAAUGUGAUCUUUGCGAUUACUCUGUAAAAUAUUAUGCUAAUUAUGUUCAACAUAUGAAAAAGCACCAAAUGAACGAUGAAGCACAAGCGGAAAGAAAAAAGAUAAAUAACGGAUUUAUGGAAUCUGAACCUAUAGAAGACAAACCUGAGGACAGUGAUAACAUAAAAUUAGCUAUUAAAACAAUGCCUAAAGGAGUACCAAAAAGUGAUUUCCAGCAGUUUUCUGUUCGCGACCAACAGACUCUUCGAAUAUUACAGCAUAAACGUUCUAUAAAUGGAAACAAGGACCAAAUAACCACAUUGGAAACAUCACCUACAAAAGAACGAAAAUUACACAUUUGUUUAUUGUGUCCAUAUACUAAUCAACGCCAAGACGCUUUGAAUAAUCAUUAUAGAAGACACGAUGAUACCGAUGUUCUCAAUUCUGGAAGUCAUAAAUGCUCUUAUUGCGACUUGGUUGUUGUACAGUCGCAUUUCCUACGAGAUCAUAUGAAAAGCCACUUUCAUUAUCAAAAGAAUUUGACUCCCGAAUGUUACGUAGCUAACGAAGAUGUGAGCUUCAUAAUAUCUAAACUAGAUGAAGAAGAAUCGUCAUCAGAUCUCAUAUUAGAUAUGCAAAACACAAGUUUUGACUGCAAUGAUGAAAAGCUUUUUGUAAAAAUAGAAACAGGAGAGCUUGUGGUAGAAUAAGCCUAGCUAAAAUUAGUCAUAAGUAUUUUAGUUUGUUAGAAUAAAUUAAAUAGAUAUCUAUACAAUAGAAUAAUAGUCUUAGGGACAAACACUCAAAACAGUUAAUGUUAGUGUAAGCCAAAUAAAAGGAAGUUGAUGUUCACCAAAGUGUAGCUUGCCAUAUUAGAUUAUUUUAAACAGUUUCGGCCAUUUUGGAUAUUUAUAUUAUUAUAACUGUGCGGCUUACUUUUACUUAGCGUUGGCAUGUGAAUAGAUAUUAAAUUGUAAUGAGAAGAGGAUCAAAAUCUAGGAUUUUUGAAUGUACACAAUAGGAUGGAUUGUAAAAUUAUUUAUACUUACAAACAUUCCGUCUUUCACUUACACUGUGGCACAGUAUAUGAAUGAACCAGUAAAGAAGCUAUAUACAAAUGUUCGAAACGACACAUGCCCACAUACACGCGUCUGAACAAUGCCCCUUAGCGGACAUCGCAAUGCUGUCAGUCGCGGAUGCAGUGUUUUUUUAAAUGAAUACAGAAACUUUACAUAAAUUGUAAAUUUAUUGCCUUUUUGCUGAGACGCGCGAAUUGGACGUAAAGAUCUCAACGUACUAGGUAUCCUUCCUGCUGCUGGAACCAGCGUGCGAGACAGCGCUAUACACGUAAAAUAAAUCCUGUAUAUCCAUUUCUUUUACGUGUGUAGCGCUGUAUCUCACUCUGCAUCCAGCAGGAUGGAUAGUGCCUAUGCACUAUCCUGCUGGAUCCAGAAUGAGAUACAGCGGGCUCUAUAGCCCAUUACGCAAAAUAGGAGCGUUGCGCGUAGGAUUUUAUCUUAUCAAAAAGGCCCAAUUUCCGUACUGCUUUAGCUUACUUAUACUGGUGUCGAUUCUGGCAGCAUUCUCUAAACUUAAAACUAAAUUUAAUAUCAGUCUGUCCUUUUUAUUCUAUGUCUAGAAUGACAAGGAUACACUGUUGUCAAAUUUAAGUUUAGCUUUAGAGAAUCAUGCCAGAAUCGA